AGGCUGACUCCUAUCUCACCCGGUUCACCGUCCCUCAGACGUACAAUUACUCUGUCCUCCUUGUGGAUCCUGCUUCCCACACACUUUAUGUUGGCGCCCGGGACACCAUCUUCGCUAUAUCCCUGCCCUUCUCGGGGGAGAAACCACGCAGGAUUGAUUGGAUUGUGCCGGAAGCUCACAGACAGAACUGUAGGAAGAAAGGCAAGAGAGAGGACGAAUGUCACAAUUUUGUCCAGAUUCUCGCCAUUGCCAAUGCUUCUCACCUCCUCACUUGUGGCACCUUCGCCUUUGACCCGAAGUGCGGGGUUAUUGAUGUGUCCAGUUUCCAGCAGGUUGAAAGACUUGAGAGUGGCCGGGGGAAAUGUCCUUUUGAGCCAGCUCAGCGGUCAGCAGCUGUAAUGGCUGGGGGGGUCCUCUAUGCCGCCACGGUGAAAAACUACCUGGGGACGGAGCCGAUUAUCUCCCGGGCUGUGGGUCGUGCCGAGGACUGGAUUCGCACAGAGACUUUGCCAUCCUGGCUUAACGCCCCAGCCUUUGUUUCAGCCGUGGCCUUGAGCCCAGCGGAGUGGGGGGAUGAAGAUGGAGACGAGGAAAUCUACUUCUUCUUUACGGAGACCUCUCGAGCAUUUGACUCCUACGAGCCCAUUAAGGUCCCACGGGUGGCCCGCGUGUGUGCGGGGGACCUUGGGGGCCGUAAGACCCUCCAGCAGAGGUGGACGACAUUUCUGAAGGCCGACCUGCUGUGUCCCAGGCCCGAGCACGGCAGAGCUCCCAGUGUCCUUCAGGACAUGGCCGUCCUUCGACCGGAGCCUGGAACGGGCACCCCCAUCUUUUAUGGCAUCUUUUCCUCACAGUGGGAGGGGGCUGCCAUCUCUGCAGUUUGUGCCUUCCAACCACAAGACAUUCGGAAAGUGUUCAGUGGUCCCUUCAGAGAGCUAAAGCAUGACUGCAACAGGGGACUACCUGUUUUGGACAACGAUGUGCCCCAGCCUAGACCUGGAGAGUGCAUCACCAACAACAUGAAGCUGCAGCAGUUCAGUUCAUCUCUCUCCCUGCCCGACCGUGUUCUCACCUUCAUCCGGGAUCACCCGCUGAUGGACAAGCCAGUGUCUCCAGCUGACAGCCAUCCCCUCCUGGUCACCACCGACACAGCCUAUCUCAGAGUCGUGGCCCACAGGGUGACCAGCCUCUCAGGGAAAGAGUAUGAUGUGCUCUACCUGGGGACAGAGGACGGACACCUGCACCGAGCAGUGCGCAUCGGAGCCCAGCUCAGCGUCCUGGAGGAUCUCACUUUAUUCCCAGAACCACAGCCGGUUGAGAACAUGAAAUUGUACCACGGCUGGCUGCUGGUUGGCUCCCGUACCGAGGUGACACAAGUGAACACAACCAACUGUGGCCGUCUGCAGAGCUGCUCAGAAUGCAUCCUGGCUCAGGACCCUGUCUGUGCCUGGAGCCCCCGGCUGGAUGCCUGUGUGGCCCAUGCUGGGGAACACCGAGGGCUGGUCCAAGACAUGGAGUCAGCAGACGUCUCUUCUUUGUGUCCCAAAGAACCAGGAGAACACCCAGUAGUGUUUGAAGUUCCAGUGGCUACAGCUGCACAUGUGAUCUUGCCGUGUUCCCCCAGCUCAGCAUGGGCGUCCUGCGUGUGGCACCGGCCCAGUGGAGUGACUGCACUCACCCCACGGCGGGAUGGGCUGGAGGUGGUGGUGACCCCUGGGGCCAUGGGCGCUUAUGCUUGUGAGUGUCAGGAGGGCGGGGCAGCUCGUGUUGUAGCAGCCUACAGCUUGGUAUGGGGCAGCCAGCGGGGCCUUCCGAGCCAGGCUCAUACAGUGGGGGCUGGCCUGGCCGGUUUUGUACUGGGGGUUCUUGCAGCAUCCCUGACUCUUCUCCUGAUUGGUCGGCGUCAGCAGCGACGGCGACAGAGAGAACUUCUGGCUAGAGACAAGGUGGGCUUGGAUCUAGGGGCCCCACCGUCUGGGACCACAAGCUACAGCCAAGACCCUCCUUCUCCUUCUCCUGAAGAUGAGCGGCUGCCCCUGGCCCUGGCCAAGAGGGGCAGUGGCUUUGGUGGCUUCCCUCCACCCUUCCUGCUUGACCCUUGCUCAAGCCCAGCCCACAUUCGGCUAACUGGGGCUCCUCUAGCCACGUGUGAUGAAACAUCCAUCUAGAGCUGGGCAAAUUACCAAGUUGUCAAAAGUGUCUGCUGUUUCCAGACCUGGAGGGCCUUGGGGCCAGGCCUUUGCCUGAUACCUGGUUCUCAAAAGAGAUCAGAACUGCUCUCUGCAGUGAAUCAGGCCUGUCCCCCAUCUCUGAACUCCUGUGAACCUUCAGCCCUGGUCCCUAUCUUAGGCCCAUUAGUCUUGGGGAUGGGGCAUAAGACAUAGCUAUGACUUCACUUUCUGGUUGGCCCUGACCAGAAGGAAGAGCCGUGGAGGGGCUGGGACUAGUGUGCACUGAGUCCUCGGAGUGGUUCUACUGAUUCUCCCAGUUUAUCUGAUUCUCUGUGGGGAGUGCAUGAUCCCCUGUUGCCAUGUGGAAGCUGCCCUGAGAUCUCCCCCAUCCCGGUUUUCGUUCCUUCACAACAGAGGGUGUGUAAAUACACAGGUGCUCACAGGAGCCCUGACCACGUAUGCACAAGUGACUGGGCUGAUGCUUAGGUCUAUCCAUGGGGGCUAUCGAGGGGAGAGGUUGGAAGGGAAAGGAAGUGAAACACUGCCCUCUCCUCGCUGCCCCACAGCACGUCUCUAAAUUUGAGCAGGAAAAGCUCCCAAAGUGACCUUCUGCGUGGGUAGGGCAGUGGCACGUAGGACCCCAUCCUGCUCUUUUUGCCCUCUGGCUGCUAGCACUGCCAUGCCACAGCUGCUCUUUUCUUAGCUGGAGUGUAUGUCCAAUCCUGUUUCCUUGGCUCCCAUUAAAAGUUAACUUUAUGACAUUCUAAAUAUUUGGGGAUGACGAGGGGAACAGUGACAGGAAAUAUGAGCAGCAUAGGUUUGUACCAGUGACUUUACUCAGGGUGACACCCUUGCCCUAAAGCAGGAGUCCCCCACCUGGGGCCCAUGGACUCCCUGAAAUUGUAUGCAAAUUGUUGCCUGUAUGUGUCUGUCUUGUGGGGGGAGGUUUUAUGGUUUUCAUCAGAUUCUCAAGGCCUUAACAAAGUUAAAGGACCACUGCCCCAAGGUCAUGAGUACUGUGGCCAAUCUGAGAUGGUGCCGCUCUGAGGCAGCUCUUCCUUGCUCUGUGGCCAGUCUCUGGAUUUGUAGCUGCUGGAGUCCUGCUUUUUCCUCCAACCCCUGGAAGCUGGGUGCUUUGCGUAUCUGAAGACACUGUCAGCUCUCACCAAAUGUCAAGACGUUGUCCUGCUUCACAGCUCCCACGAGCUCUAGGCUUCUCUUGCUCUCACUCCCAGUCUAGGCCUUGGAAUGUGCCUCGUUCAUCCCUGUGAGGGACCCCGUUAGUUCUGGUGAAUGGUCCAGUCUUUCCAGUUGAAGUUUUCUGCUUUCCUUUUCCUUGGCAGCAGCCUGUGAACUACUCAAGAGUCCCCUUGCAGUGUGAAUUACCAGUGGCUUUGCCACCAGUAAGUGUGUGAUCUUCAGCAAGUAAUCUAACCUAGGGACAUUGGUUUACUCAUGUGUAAAGUGGGGAUAAUAAUACCUACCUCAGGGUUGCUGCAAGGAUUAAAUGAAAAAAUAAACAAUAAAGCAUAUCUAUACCAGAA